AUGGCACCACCAACAACGUAUCAUACCUCGCUUCUUACGGCUCUCGACUGCCGGGGCCAUAUCCACCUGAUCAUAGGAUCCAGCCCUCUUGCCGCCUCGCGGGCAGCUAACUCACUCGCCGCCGGCGCCAAGCCGAUUCUCAUCGCACCCGCCAGCGCAACCGAGCUGCACUAUGCAGUAUCGGCGCACGUCGCCACGGGUUCCUUGACACACCUGGACCGGCCGUUCAAGGAUGAAGAUUUGUUCACCCUGGGCCGUUCGGAAACCGGCGGCAUUGUCGAUGCCGUCUUCGUGACGAGCCCUCGUGACGCACUGGCCCAGGGUGUCUCGGACGUGUGCAAGCAACACCGCAUCCCGGUAAAUGUCGUAGAUGCUCCAGCCCUGUGCUCCUUCAGCCUGCUGAGCUCCCAUGUCGACGGCCCGCUGCAGAUUGGUGUCACGACCAACGGCCGCGGCUGCAAGCUAGCCAGCCGCAUCCGGAGGGAAGUAGCUGCGGCUCUGCCGGCCGGGCUGGGAAGCGCAUGCGCUCGGUUGGGGGAGAUGCGGAGGCGGGUUGUCGAUGAGGACCGUGGUGCCCGGCGACAGGUGGCCCGCGGUGCCCAGGGAAGUGACGACCAGGGGGACGGCGUCGAAAACGAAGGUGUUGACGACUCGGUCGACCAGACUGCGUCCUUCAACAAGCUUGUCACAGACGCAGACGCUGAUGCGGCCAAAACACGCCGCAUGCGCUGGCUAGCGCAAGUGUGUGAGUAUUGGCCCUUGAAGCGACUGGCGGCUGUCACAGACGGCGACGUCGAAGCUAUUCUCAACUCGUACCAGACGACCGAUAGUUCAGCUUUGCAUAAUGGUACUCUCAGUCAUGAGCCAGUUAGCAUCACUGUUCCUACUACGGGUCGCAUCAUCCUCGCAGGGAGUGGGCCCGGCCACCCGGACCUUCUUACACAGGCAACAUAUAAGGCGAUUCAAGCGGCAGAUCUUGUCCUGGCUGACAAGCUCGUCCCCUCGGGUGUCCUGGACUUGAUCCCCCGGCGGACUCCCGUGUCCAUCGCGCGAAAGUUUCCGGGAAACGCUGACCGCGCACAGGAAGAGCUACUCGAGCAGGCGCUAGACGGCGUGCGGGCUGGCAAGACGGUGCUGCGCUUGAAGCAGGGCGAUCCCUUUGUAUACGGCCGCGGUGGGGAGGAAGUCACUUUCUUCCGGAGCCACGGGCUGGGCGAGCGCGUCACCGUGCUUCCGGGCAUCACGAGCAGCUUGAGCGCGCCCCUGUUUGCCGGCAUCCCUGUCACACAGCGCGAUGUGUCGGACCAGAUGCUGAUUUGCACCGGCACGGGCAAAAAGGGGAACCCCCCCGCGCCGCCCGAGUAUGUCGAGUCCCGAACCGUCGUGUUCCUAAUGGCGCUGCACCGCAUCGUCGGCCUAGUGAGUGAAUUGACGAGCUACAUCGCGGAAGAAGACGGAUCGGACGAGCUACAGCAGCAGCGAGAGAAGCUUUGGCCUCUCCACACGCCAUGUGCUGUCGUCGAGAGGGCCAGCUGCCCGGACCAGCGCAUAAUCCGCACCACGCUCCGGCACGUCGCCGAUGCUGUCGAGCAGGAGGGAAGCCGGCCGCCGGGACUGCUCGUCGUUGGCCGCGCAUGCGAGGCUCUAUAUACCCCCGAACCAGGUUGUUCCUGGACUGUGGAGGACGGGGGCUUCAAAGGCUUGGAUUUGGAUUUUACGUCAAGUACCUGCUUUCGUGUUCAUCCCACCAGCGGAAAAGAUCAUACCACCUAA